AUGUACGAUCCAAGUGGAAGAUCUAAUAAGAUCAUACUUGUUCUUCUACUUGUUUUGGUCCUCAUUUCUUUGAUAGUUCCUUUGGAAAAGAGCCCUGAAACUAGUGAAACCCACCAUUUUCAUGUCAAUAAUAAUCUCCAAAUUGCAUACACAGCAUGUGAAGGCACUUUAUAUCCCGACCUUUGUUUCGCCACUGUCUCCAUUCUCCCAAAUCUUGCUUCUAGAUCACUCCCCGACCUUAUCUCAGCAAUUUUAAACCAAACCAUGGACGAGGUGAGACUCUCUUGUGCCAACUGCACUGAGAUUGAAAAGGGUCUCAAGAGUAACACCACCUUAGAAUGGGCCGCCAUAAAUGAUUGCAUCGAGCUUUUUAACCAUACCCUAGCCGAGCUGAGGGUAGCCCUCGCCGAGCUUAACCCGAAGAGAGUACGGUUCUCUAGGAACUACCAUAAGAUAAAGACGUUUCUAAGCGCGGCAAUGACGAACCAGUAUACAUGUCUCGAUGGGUUCCAUGGUAGCAAAGGAAAAACUAAAUACGUAAUCAAAGAAGCUCUACAUAACAUAUCUCAUCAUAUCAGCAACUCUUUAGCGAUGCUCAACAAAUUCCCUGGUGUCAACGAAUCGAAACCCGUUGAGGUUUUUCCUGAAUACGGUCGCCGGAGAAGAUAUUUCCCGGCGUGGUUAUCGCUUAAAGAUCGGAAACUUCUACAAGCUCCAGUUGACGCAACUGAGUUCGACCUUAUAGUUGCCCAAGACGGUAGUGGAAACUUCACUACCAUCGGCGACGCUGUUGCGGCAGCUCCGAUACACAGCUACGAAAGGUUUGUGAUAUAUAUAAAAGCUGGUGCUUAUCUAGAAAAUAUAGAGGUGGAAAUGGAGAAAACAAUGGUGAUGUUUGUAGGAGACGGCAUAGGGAAGACAGUGGUGAAGGCAAACAGAAAUGUGGCCGAUGGCCAUACCACUUUCCGCUCUGCAACAGUCGCGGUGAUGGGCGACGGAUUCAUAGCCAAGGGGAUAACCUUCGAGAACUCAGCAGGGCCAAGCAAGAACCAAGCCGUGGCAUUAAGGAGUGGAUCAGACCUCUCCGCCUUCUACAAAUGCAGCUUCGUAGCCUACCAAGACACUCUCUACGUCCACUCCCUCAGGCAAUUCUACCGAGAAUGCGACAUAUACGGUACCGUCGACUGCAUCUUCGGCAACGCAGCUGCCGUUUUCCAAGCCUGCAGUUUAUACGCUCGUAAACCAAACCGAGACCAAGAGAACGUUUUCACAGCUCAAGGAAGAGCAGACCCGAACCAGAACACUGGGAUUUCAAUUUUGAACUGUAAAAUCCGUGCCGAUUCUGAUUUAAUCCCCGUAAUAUCAUCGUUCAAGACGUAUUUGGGGCGUCCCUGGAAAGAGUAUUCGAGGACGGUUAUUAUGCGGUCGUAUAUAGAUGAUUUGGUGGAUCCUGCAGGAUGGUUGGAAUGGAGUGGGAAUUUCGCUUUGAAUACACUUUAUUAUGGGGAGUUUUUGAAUAGAGGACCAGGGUCGGAUACGAGUCGUAGAGUUACAUGGCCUGGGUAUAGAGUCAUUACAAGCUUCGCAGAUGCAAAUCAGUUCACUGUUGGGGCAUUUAUACAAGGAAACCAGUGGUUGAAUUCUACUGAUAUUCCAUUCAAUCUCGGCUUGAGGUGAAACCUGAAAUUUAAUUAAAUGGCGUUUACGGUUUAGCCCUUUUUUCUUUUUUGUAAAUAUUUUGAUCAAUUGCCAUCACAUGCAUGUCAAAUUGCUUAUUUUCUACCAUAACUAAUAAUAGAAAAACUCUAUUUUAAAGUAUCUGUUUAUAAAUUGUUUAGGGUUUUC